GGUUGGGGUAGGUGUAGACGUUAAUAAAACUCAAUCUAAUAGGUAGAAAAUUAAAUAGUCUCCGGCGGAAGGAUUAAUGAUGAUGGUGAUGCUGCGCGGAUUCAGCAACAUCCAGAAUAAAGCCCUGACGCGUCGGUAAGAAUCGUCGCGUGAGUGUUUGUGUGACGAGCCGUCCAUCGCUUUAUUCCGCAGAUCAGACGCUUAUCCUGAUGAUCGCAGCAGCAGCAACACUGAUGCUUUAAGAUGUGUGUUUUCAUCAACGCUGGUCCAUAAUGCAUGAGCAUUGAAACCUGACAGAAGGGCAGCAGGAGAAUGAGACUGCGGUUUGUAGAUAAACAAUGGCAGCAGGGGCAGCGGAUGGUGAUUUAUGGGACGGUCUUCCUCAUCAUGACCCUCCUCAUCCUCUACAGCUCCAACAGCUCAGCUGAUCUUUACAGCCCCUUUAAAGUCAACGAGUUUCACUACGCCAUCAAACACACCAACCUCAAGAAAUGGGCCGGGAAGGAGGCAUACGUUCCUGUUUACGGUAACAAGAGCAUGAGCCUGCACUGCCGUCAGUGUGCGUUAGUGACCAGCUCUAGUCACGUGUUGGGGACUCACGCCGGUGACGAGAUCGACCGUACAGAGUGUGUCAUCCGCAUGAACGACGCUCCAACCUCCGGCUACGAAUCAGACGUGGGGAACCGGACCAGCGUGCGCGUCGUGGCUCAUUCCAGCGUAUUCCGGGUGGUUCGCAAACCCGCCGAGUUCCUCAAUCGCUCAGAGAGCCCUGCCAUCAUAUUCUGGGGCCCGUCGACAAAGAUCGGCCUCGACGCGAAGGGAACGCUGUACCGGCUGAUCCAGAGAGUCAGUAUGACCUACAGUAACCUGUCCUUCUUCUUCAUCUCACCCGGCAAAAUGCAGAGGUUCGACACGCUCUUUCAAAAAGAGACCGGCCGAGACAGAAAAAAGUCUCAGUCCUGGUUAAGCACCGGCUGGUUUACCAUGGUCAUCGCCAUAGAGAUGUGUGACAACAUAAAGGUUUAUGGGAUGGUGCCGCCAAACCAUUGUGGGAAGCGUCCUCAGCCCAAACGGUUGCCCUAUCACUAUUACAAACCCAGAGGUCCAGACGAGUGUGUGACGUACCUCCAGAACGAGAGGGGGCGCCGCGGAUCACACCACCGCUUCAUCACUGAGAAACAGGUGUUUGCACGCUGGGCCAAGCAGUACAACAUCAGCUGCAGCCACCCGACCUGGUGAGGAAACCGUCCAUCAGCCUGGUGAGCUGGAGCCAACAUGGCGGCUUUCUGUAACUCUGUGAUGUUUGAAUUUUCAAAUGCAUUGCCUGCUCUGAAACCGGUCCGGAAUGGCUGCUGGUCUCUCUUUGAUCUGGAUUAGUGACCGAGCCGAAACAGAGGCCAUGCAGGGAUCCAGGACCAAGCCAAUCUUAGUUUUCCUUAGGAAAAUGAACAGAUGAUGGAACGCUUAUUUGCCUGAAGCAUGACAGUUUCAAAAACCUCUCCAUAUUACUGCCGUGAAGUUUUCCUAAGCCUUCUCUUACAGUGUUUCUCACCCAUAAUCGGUCGUUUCUCAGAGAAAUCCUCUGUCAGUUGCCAAAUGGAAGAUUCAUUUACGUCUUGUGGUACAAUCAACACAUUUGAGUGUUCGUCAUGUGAAACUACCAGAGAAUAGGAAUGAGGAUUUAACUACUUUACAAGAUUUUAUUGUGUAAAUAAGAUCUAUGUCAAUUGUAACUCCAAAAAAAUAUAUAUAUUUUUACAAGUUUAUAUGGUUUUAAAAUGCCCUAAAAAGACAUCAUUAAAAUAAACUAUUUAAAAAAACACACCUUUUUUAAUGGCCAGGUAAAUGAUAAUUUUACAUCACAUCAUUUUCAGAUAAUCUGCACAUUUUGUGUACUUUUUGGGAAGUUGUUGGAAUGGAGAGCUAUUUAUGCCUUUAUACCAUAAUCAGUAAGUCAUAUGAAACCUGACCAAAGGUCAGUCAGUUCUAGAACAUUCCAGAACUCCAUAUAAUUGGUUCUAGAGCUUCACUGGAACAUCCACUACAAGAACAUGUCCGGGUCAUUUUUAGAAGAAAAAUAAAGAAAACCAGGCUUAUAUAGGACUAUUAAUAUGUUUUGUAUUAUGACAGUCUUUCCAUGAGAUUUAAACAAAUUUCACUGCCAAUU